AGAAAAGAAACGUUUUGGCCUCCUCUCCUCAGAGCCCCCUUUGCGAGGGAGAUAAAAUAAGGAAUUAGAGACUGGAAGCUAGUGGUGUGGGUAUCUAGUCGUUAGGCAGGUACACAAAUUCUUUUCUCUGCAAACUCUUCCCUAAAAUCUCCCUCACCCUCACCCUCACCCUCACCCUCACCCUCAUCCACUCCCUACAAUCAACCCGAACAAACCUUCAUGGCUGUCCGUAUUCCUCUCUUCCAAGUCCCUCCCUCGCUCGCAACAACAUCCCUACGCUUCUCUACCAAACUUCAGACUAGUGGACUCAAAUCUUCAAAAUCUAAUGGAUUUUGCGUUUUAACGUGUUCUGCUUCGAAUGGGAGAGAGCCUGACUCAGUCGACGAUGGCGUCAAGAGUGUAACUCAGCGGCCCGAGGAGAAACGACGUUCUGAAUUGUCGGCUCGGAUUGCUUCCGGAGAGUUCACUGUACGGCAGUCAGGUGUUCCAUCUCAAUUGAGAAAAAGCUUGUCGAAAUUGGGAAUUUCACAUGAGCUUUUGGACUUUUUCUUCAAAUGGAUUGAAGGUACUGAAAACUAUCCAAAAAUUCCAGAAGCGAAGGGUCAAAUUCGUGCUAUCCGUAGUGAGGCCUUCUUCAUCCCCUUGUAUGAGCUUUACCUCAUAUACGGUGGAAUAUUCAGGUUGACUUUUGGACCAAAGUCCUUUUUGAUCGUUUCUGAUCCUGCCAUUGCUAAGCGUAUAUUGAGGGAAAAUUCAAAAGCUUAUUCAAAAGGUAUAUUGGCAGAGAUUCUAGAUUUUGUCAUGGGGAAGGGACUUAUUCCGGCAGAUGGGGAAAUAUGGCGUGUCCGGCGCCGUGCUAUAGUCCCAGCAUUGCAUCAAAAGUAUGUAGCAGCUAUGAUCAACUUAUUUGGGAAAGCAACGGACAGGCUUUGCGAAAAGUUGGAUGCUGCUGCAUCUGAUGGUGAAGAUGUGGAAAUGGAAUCACUUUUCUCCCACUUGACAUUGGAUAUCAUUGGCAAGGCAGUAUUUAAUUACGAUUUUGAUUCACUGACGAAUGAUACGGGAAUAGUUGAGGCUGUUUACACCGUUUUAAGAGAGGCAGAAGAUCGAAGUGUUGCACCAAUUCCUUUCUGGGAGAUCCCAAUUUGGAAAGACAUAUCACCAAAGCUGAAAAAGGUUAAUGCAGCACUCAAGUUAAUCAAUGAUGUACUUGAUGAUCUAAUUGCAGUUUGUAAGAAAAUGGUAGAUGAGGAAGAGCUCCAGUUUCAUGAUGAAUACGUGAAUGAACAAGAUCCUAGCAUUCUCCACUUCCUUUUGGCAUCAGGAGAUGAUGUUUCCAGUAAGCAACUCCGCGAUGAUCUGAUGACCAUGCUUAUAGCUGGGCACGAGACAUCCGCAGCAGUUUUGACAUGGACGUUUUAUCUUCUCUCCAAGGAACCUGGUGUCAUGGCCAAACUCCAAGAUGAGGUUGAUUCUGUUCUAGGAGAUCGACUUCCAGUCAUAGAAGAUAUGAAGAAACUCAAGUACACAACUCGUGUAAUUAAUGAGUCUAUGAGGCUCUACCCACAACCACCUGUUUUGAUUCGUCGCUCUCUUGAGGAUGAUGUUCUUGGAGAGUACUCUAUAAAAAGGGGUGAAGAUAUUUUUAUUUCUGUUUGGAACCUGCAUCGUAGUCCACAUCUUUGGGAUGAUGCUGAUAGAUUUAAUCCAGAACGAUGGCCUCUUGAUGGACCAAACCCAAACGAGACGAACCAAAAUUUCUGUUACUUACCCUUUGGUGGGGGACCACGGAAAUGUAUAGGGGACAUGUUUGCUUCAUUUGAGAAUGUAGUGGCUGUAGCAAUGCUUGUGCGGAGAUUCAACUUUCAAAUGGCACUUGGAGCACCUCCAGUUAAGAUGACUACCGGAGCCACAAUCCACACUACGGAAGGUUUGAAGAUGACAGUGACUCGUAGAAUGAGACCUCCAAUAGUACCAACAUUGGACAAUACAACGUUGGGAGCAGAGGAGCCUAUUAGAAUUCCUGAAGGGGAACCUCCAGUUGGUGAGAGAGGUGCUGCUCCAGCUAUUCAUUCCUGAUCACUGUGGCAUUAUUAAUUUGCAUCUGAUCUGCGUGUCUGCAACUACCAUGGUGAAGAAAAACAAGAAAAGAGAAGGUUUGUUUAUUGAUUUAAUUGCUUGCUUUACGUAAGCCGUCAUUUAUAUGCAUAUUUGUUAUGAAACAUGCAGUUGCAGGGCGUGGGCUGUCCAAAUGAGAAUUCAUUCUUCACAGAAGUAGCUCUAAUGCGAAUGCUUCUUUAACAAUGGCGAGUUCAUUUCUCCCAUUUGAAUUCUUAAUUUAUUCUGGCGUUUUCCUUCCA